GGGGAAAAAAAAGUUGUCCGUGCCUACUCGACGAGCUGCUCGGCGAUCUAAAUUCAUUUCUCCUCGGUUCAAAACAACAAAAAGUAUCAAGUUUUAUGCGUGAAAUUGAGUGAUGGGGACAGGAAAUGUUCAAUAGGAUAUUCGGACUGGCUGUGUACUUAUGAGACAGAAGAGGAGGAAGAGGCGACGGAUCACAACACUGUCAGUGUUUUGCUGAAGCCCUGCUCCAUCAUGGCCCAGUGGAUGCACAUGACCCAGCUGAUACAGUAUCUGCCUGGACCGACGGUCAAUGACCUCUACCCCUCAAAUUCCUUCCCCAUAGAAGUGAGACAUUUUUUAGCCGAAUGGAUUGAGAAGCAAAGAUGGGAGGACUUUGUAUUAGAAAAUGUGGAGCAAGAGGGCCAGGCUACGGCUCUGUUGGACCAGGUCAUCCACAUGCUGCAGUCGAUGGCUCAAGAUAACAACAAUGUGGUGGAGAAGAUGAAGCUGUUGCAGAUCAGCAGGAACAUGAACAGUUUUCAGCAGCAGCCUCUGCAGUUUGGAGUGAUGGUCAGGGACAUGCUCAGGAAGGAGAGGAAUCUGCUCAGAUCUCACCCCACAAUACUCAGCCCUCCACAGUACCCACAGUAUAGAGAGUCCUCGUUCACAGAGUCCACAGAUUUGGAUAAGCUGGUUUUGAAGGUGCUGGAAAUCCAGGAAGUCCGGCAAAAGUUGCACCAGAUGCAAGAGGAGCUCAACUGGGAGAGGCAGAACUACGAAUCUAUAGGCACGAUUCAGCAGAACGGACUGGAACCCACAUCUGCAGAAAUCCAGAAACUCCAGAACCACAUCCAGCAAAUGGAGUACACAAUGAAAAGCUUGGCCACAAAACGAUUCCAGUCACUGAAGGAGUGUGUGGACUGUCUGGACCAGUGUCAGACCCAACUCAUCAGUAGGCUGAAGGUUUGGAGGUGGGAGCAGCACAAGGCCACCAUCGGACAUCCGUUUGAAGACAACCUCAACGUCCUGCAGACCGGCUGUGAGCAGCUGCUUGGGGUGAACGGGAAGCUGAGACAGGAACUGAUGCUGAUAGGGGAACCAAUACCAGAGCUUCAGGAGAGACUUGGGCAACUUCUGCAGGUUCUGAUUCAAAGCUCUCUUGUAGUGGACAAGCAGCCCCCUCAGGUCAUUAAGACUCAGUCUAAAUUCUCCACUACUGUGCGAUAUCUGCUGGGGGAGAAAGUGGCUCCGGGGAAGCCUGUGCUGCUGAAGGCACAAAUCAUCACUGAGCUGCAGGCAAGGAGCCUGGGCAGUGUACCCAGUGAUAAUGUCGGGGAACUGAUAAACAAUACAGCCAUCCUGGAACACAACACAGCCAGCAAGAGCACAUGUGCCACCUUCAGGAAUAUGUCCAUCAAGAAGAUCAAGAGAGCAGACAGAAAGGGUUCAGAGUCAGUCACAGAGGAGAAAUUUGCCCUCCUGUUCUCAACAGAGAUCAGUAUCACAGGCUGUGACACUCCCUACAGGAUACAGAUGAUCUCACUGCCGGUAGUCGUUAUUGUCCAUGGCAGUCAAGACAACAACGCUCUGGCCACCAUCAUAUGGGACUGUGCUUUUUCUGAACCAGACAGAGUGCCGUUCGUGGUGCCGGAGCGUGUGCCGUGGAGGCUGAUGUGCAGCACUCUCAACAGUAAAUUCACCUCCGAGGUUCAGACACAACACAACCUAGACCAAUACAACCAGCUCUUCUUGGCCCAGAAAAUCUUUGACAAGCCCGACUUCACUGACGACUUCAGCAACAUGAUGGUUUCCUGGGCUCAGUUUAACAAAGAGGUUCUCCCAGGUCGACCAUUCACUUUCUGGCAGUGGUUUGAGGGAGUUAUGGAUCUGACCAAGAAGCACCUGAAAACUUACUGGAGCGACGGGUUGAUAUUCGGUUUCAUUGGGAAACAGCAUCUACACCUGAUUCUCAAAGACAGGCCCAAUGGGACAUUCUUGCUACGCUUUAGUGACUCUGAGAUUGGAGGCAUCACAAUUGCUUAUGUGUCUGCUACAGAGAAUGGGGGACAAAAAAUCCAGAACAUCCAGCCCUUUACUAAGAGAGAUCUUGAGAUCCGUAGCCUUGGUGACCGCAUCCUAGACAUAAACCACAUAACGUUUCUGUAUCCCGAGUUUCCUAAACAUAAGGCUUUCCAAAAGUAUUACACAGAGCCUCAACAUCCACCCAGCGGGGGCUAUAUCCCUGUAUCACUCCAAACUAAAGUGGGCAUGGACGCUGGCUCAGCUGCACUCCCUGUUUCUAAUAUGACUUCUCAUGCUGAAAGUCCUCGCAAUGUUGUUUCCUACCCCCUAGACGCUGGCUCAGCUACACAUCCUGGUUCCAAUCUGGAUAGCCCUCACAGUGCUGUUCCUUACUCCAUGCAUCCGUUUCAGCAACCAUUCAGCCCACAAGAGUCCAUCAAUCAAGAACAAAUGGAAACUACAGUGUCUCCUGCUGAGUUCAGCCAAAACUCUCCUGUUGUCUUCCCUGACAUGGGCACAAGUGACAAUAUGGAACUAGUUUUAGACACUCUUCUCAAGGAUCUGGGGCAAUAGGAAGAUUUCCCAUUAGAGCUGUUUUGGAGUGUAAAGCUGGCACUCAAUAAGUACGGGAGAGAAACAUCUUACCUUCAUAUGAAAAAAUUGCCAGUGUGUACAGACUUUCUCCCUUCACUUCCAUCAUCAUCCAUCUUCAGCUUUAUCUACUUGUGAGUAAGAAGUUGUUAGAGACUUAUGUGAUUUCUGAUGGGCUGUUGCUACGUGGAAACAGGAAAUCAUUGCAAGUAUAACCAGAAUGUAAAGUACUGUCACUGCUGUCCAUCGGCUGUGCCUUGUUGUGCACCUUUUUUAAACCUUUUCUUUUCUCUCCUUCUCCUGGUGGUAGGUUUGUUGAUGUUGAUUUCUUUGUUAAUCUGUUUGUCCUAUAUAUAUUCCAUGCAUUUUGGAAAAUAAGUGAAUUACUGUACAGAUUACAGUGCUUAUCCAGCAACAAUUUAACACGUGUGACAGUGAUCAUCAAAAUAUAAUGGUAAUAUGACACCAACUCUCAAUGGACUAUUAGCUACCAGCUAACAGAACAUAUUGCAUGUUGUUCUCUGUGUUUGGUGCAUGUUUUUGCUUUGUUGUUUUAGUCAUGAUGAGGCUAAAAAAUGUUAUAGUAUUUCCCUAUUGUAUAUAAUUCCUCUUUAUGAUGAGCCUGGCUUUGCCUCAGCUAUAGUUUGUUAUACAGCCAUUACACUCCUUAUUUCAGCCGAGUUGAAAUCAGUGUUUAUAUCCCUAACCUUCUCUGUGGUAUAGUGAGGAUUAGGAACAUGAAAGGAACAAGAUGCUUCUCUGAAACUGUUGACUGUGAAACUAUACCACAUCACUUAUAAUGCAGCAGUGGUGUUGAUAAUGGUGUUGGGCAAUGUUGUUAUUAUAUCUGUCCAAUUAAAGACUCCAAUGUUUGUGUUUUCUGUUAUAUGUAUAAUUUCUUAAAGCUUUUGUUCAGUAAUUGCUAAAACUAUGUAUCAAAUUCUAGUUUU